UUGUCCCUAAUCAGCUGUCUCUUUCGUUUAUAUUAUGUUGUAUAUAUCUAUCCUGCUCUUAAAUUCCGCGUGGGAACGCAAUGCAGCAUCCUUCCUGGAACGUGCUCAUGCGAUUUAUCAAAACGCUUUCGUUCGAAGAUGAAAGAUAGGAGAUCGACAAGAGCAAAAGCCGGUGAGCUAUGGCCUAUGGAGCGACCGGAAGGUAUGCCGGUCAUACAAUCUCUUGAAGUGAUGUGCGGCAAAGACCAUAUGGAUGUUCACCUCACAUUCUCACACCCCUUCGAAGGAAUCGUCUCCUCAAAAGGUCAACACGGCGAUCCUCGUUGUGUGUAUGUCCCGCCAUCAACCGGACAGACGUAUUUCUCGUUUCGAAUCGCAUACGCCAAGUGUGGUACAAAACCAGCGCUCAUUGUUUCUAAGAAACGCCACUCGCCAUACCACAUAACACAGCAUGGCACGCCAAGGCCCAUUUUCCCCCGUCAUGGAGACGCCGAUCCUGAAUCCACUAACUUCAAAUGCAUUUCCUUCCCCAUAAAACUAUUUACGACUUUAAGUGCAGGCGGACUGAUGACAAGUGAUGCCAAUCCUAAUUAUGCUGAAAGUGAUUAA